AUGGAUGAUUUUUAUCUUCCGAAAAAGUCAAAGCAUAGGCCUUCUAGUGUUACUUACUCACAUCACUUACGUGUUGAGAUCUUUUAUGCUAUAAUUGACUUGCAACUUCAAGAACUUAAUAAUCGUUUUGAUGUUGUGAGUGGUAACUUGCUCCUUGGUAUGACAAGCUUGAAUCCAACUAAUACUUUUGCUAAUUUUGAUAAGGAAAAAAUAAUGAUAUUGGCCAAGCAUUAUUUGAAUGAGUUUGGUGAAUCAAAGCUUCGAGAGCUUAGUUACCAACUUGAUACUUUCAUUAUACACAUGCGACGUGGUGAUCCUAUAUUGUCUAAUUUGAAAGAAAUUGGUGAUUUGGCAGAAGCAUUGGUUAAUGCAAAUCUUGUGGAGAUUUAUUCUCUUGUGUACUUACUUGUGAAGUUGACGUUGAUUUUACCAGUCGCUACUGCAACUGUAGAGAGAGCUUUUUCAUCUAUGAAGCAUAUCAAGAAUGAAUUGCAUAGCAGUAUUGGUGAUGCAUUUUUAAGUGAUUAUUUAGUUUGUUAUAUUGAGAAGGAUAUAUUUGUAAAUAUAAGCAAUGAUGCAAUCAUUGAUCGUUUUCAGAAUAUGAAAAUGCGUUAA